AUGCCCCGCGCCUCGUCCACCCACGGGACCGCGUCGGGCGCCAGCACCCCGGAGCCCGCAGCGAGCGACGCCGCCGCCGCCGCCGCUGCCCUCGAGCCGACGACCGCCGACCUCGUCUCGCAGCCGACCGCCGCGGGUUCCCCAGCUCCACUCGCCGCCGACGACGACGACGCCGACGACAGCGGCCUCGACCCGCUCACCCAGCUCGAGCUCGGCGCGUUCGGCACCGACGCCGUCGACGACGCGCUCCCUGCGCCGCCGCGCGACCCCAACGCUGCCGCGGGCGCACUCGGCGGGUCGGGAGGAGGGGGAGCGGGUGCACCGGCGAGUGGAUCGGCGGGCGCAGGAGCUGGGACGCCGGCGCUCGCGGGGCAAGGUGCCGGCACCAAGCGCACGCUCGCCGCUUCUGGGCCUCUCGCGCGCGCCAAGCGGCCCAAGAACGUCAAGUUCAGCCCGGCCAAGACGGGCAAAGCCCUCGCUCGUCGUUCGGCCGCUUCUGCCGUCGUCGGCGACGGAGGCCCCGGCGCCUACCAGCUGCCCAACCACGAUUACUGCGACGCGUGCGGCGGCAAGGGCCACUUCCUGUGCUGCGAGGGCGGCUGCCUGCGCUCGUUCCACUUCUCGUGCCUCGAGCCACCUCUCGAGCUCGACGAGGUCCCCGAGGACAGCUGGUACUGCAAGACGUGCCGUGCCCAGGUCAACCCGCCCAUCGAGAGCCGACACCGCUUCUUCGGCGAGCUCAUCACGCGCGUCGAGACCGAGAACCCCAAGGAGUUUUCGCUGCCGGCCGAGAUCAAGGGCUUCUUCAAGAAUGUCGCGGUCGGGACCAACGGCGAGUACAUCGACGCGGUCGAGCACCGUCCGCCGUCCAAGAUCACGGGUCGCGCCAUCGGCCAGGAGGACCGAGACGGCUUCCGGCUCAAGGACAAGAACGGGCGCCCGAUCAUCUGCUACAACUGCGACGGCGCCGCCAACCCGCAGCAGCGACGGCGCAUCAUCUCGUGCGACUUUUGCGACCAGCACUGGCACCUCGACUGCCUCGACCCGCCCAUGACGGGCAUGCCGCCGCCGACGCGCAAGUGGAUGUGCCCGCUUCACUCGGACGUCAUCAUCCCGCGCAAGCGCCAGCCCAAGCAGACGCAGCUCGUCAACGUCGACCAGCCGUACCGGCCCAACAACGGCGACAUCGUCGUCGUGCCACGCCCCGAGCCGCAGCUGCAGCAGGACGUCGACGAGAUGACGGUCAACCGCGUGCGGUACCAGGUCCCCGAGCAGCACAUCAUCCUCGACUUUUGGGGCCGCAUCACGGGCCAGAAGAGCCAGCCGCAGCCGCCGAGCAAGAAGAACAAGGGCAAGUCGCCAAGGAGGCGACCCGCGACCGGCUACGACAGCGGCGACUCGUCCCCGCUCAGCGACCUCACGUCAUCCGACGAGUCGGGCAGCGAUGCCGGCCGCUCCUCGUCCCGUACCGCCGCCGCCUCGACCGCCGUCGCGCCCGUCAAGGUCGACCCGUCGCCGCUCGACAACCUCGCCCUCCUCGCCGAGGUGCGCUACAUCGACUACCUCGAGCAGCAGCAGCAGCUGCUGCCUGCCUCGAACGGCACGCCCGUCAAGGCCGCCACGAGCGGUGGCGCCACGCCGGGCCGCGCGCACGACCUUCCUCCCGCCCUGCCCAACUCGACCCAGCGCCGCCUGCCCUCGCGUGGCCUCGGCGUGCCUCCAGUCGGCGCCACGGGCUCGGCGGUCGCGAGCAGCAGCACGGGCGCUGGCACUGCCGCCGCUGUCAAGCGCCCCUCGUUCGGCGGUCGGCCGAGCGUCGGCGGCGCGCCCUUUGCGUCGCCCGCCGCCGGUCCGACCUCGUCGCGCUCCCGAGGUGGGUCGCCGAGCGUGAGCCCGGCGCCGGGCAAGCUCGCCGACGUCGCCGUCGAGAGCAAGGAGGACCUCAAGGCGCUCGGGCACGUGCGCCGGCUCGUCGCGGCGCAGAGCAAGCUCAAGGAGGGAGACGCCAAGAGGGCCGCGAUGCUUGACUACCUCGAGGGUGCGCUCAUCGUUCCUCGACUACAGUCGGUCGGCACCGGCACGAGCGCAGCGCCCUGGUCGCGACCGUGGGACGACAAGCCCGCAGGCGCAUCUGCAGCAGGCGCCGCCAAGAAGCCGUCGGCCGCCGCGAGCGGCUCGCAGGCCUCCCCUCUCGGCUCGCCCGCACUCGCCGCCGGGCCGGUCGCCGCCUCGUCGCCGGCAACGACUGGCUCUGCCUCGCCCGCACCCCCCACGUUCCUCCCGUCGAACGCCCCUCCUUCCACGGCCGCCGCCGCUUCCGCACCCGCACCCGUCGUCGUCGCCGCUCCGGCCUCGACCGCUCCCGCCACCGUGGCGCCCACGUCCGCACCUGCACCCACACCUGUCGCGACGCCUGCCCCAGCAUCGAGCGCCAACGGCGGCGGCGCCGCAUCGACGCUUCCUGCGUCGCCCCUCCCGUUCUCGCUCCCGGCGAGCAGCAGCACGUCGCCUCGCGCAGCUGCCGCCGCCAUCGCCGCCGCGUCCGUCAAGAAGGAGGACGGCGGCGACGCAGGUGCUGGCGAGGCGAUGGACGUCGAUGCGCCUGCGUCGGCGGCAGGCAUCAACGGCGGGGCCUGA